AUGGGGAGAAUGAAAGUUUCCAUCUUUUAUCUCCACAUUUUCCUCCUCCUCUUCAUCCCCGAAGGAAGAGCGGAAACCAGCGCCAGUGCACCCACGGGAGCAACCAGGACACCUGGAAACAGGACCACACCUGGGACCACCACCCCUGGGACCACCACCCCUGGGACCACCACCCUUGAGAUCACCACACCUGGGACCACCACCCCUGGGACCACCACCCCUGAGACCACCACCCUUGAUAUCACCACCCCAGGGACCACCACACCUGGGACCACCACCCUUGAGAUCACCACACCUGGGACCACCACCCUUGAUAUCACCACCCCAGGGACCACCACCCGUGGGACCACCACCCUUGAGAUCACUACACCUGGGACCACCACCCCUGGGACCACCACCCCUGGGACCACCACCCUUGAUAUCACCACCCCAGGGACCACCACCCCUGGGACCACCACCCCUGGGACCACCACCCUUGAGAUCACCACACCUGGGACCACCACACCUGGGACCAGCACCCUUAAGAUCACCAUCCCUGAGACCACCACACCUGGGACCACCAUCGCUGGGACCACCGGUGACCCACGGACCACCACCAGUCUUGAGACCGUUUCUACCACCCCUGACACCACCAUGACCAUCCCUGAGACUGCAAGUCCUGAGGCCAUCAGUGACCUAAGGACCACCACCAGUCGUGAGACCAUUUCCACCACCCCUGAGACCACCACGACCAUCCCUGAGGCCACCAGUGACCCACUGACCACCACCAGUGAACCCUGGACCACCACAAGUCUUGAGACCAUUUCUACCACCCCAGACACCACCACAACCACCCAUGAGGCCACCAGUCUAGAGGCCACCAGUGACCCGUGGGCCACUACCCAUCUUGAGACUAUUUUUACCACCCCUGAGACCACCACAACCAUCCCUGAGACCACCAGUCCUGAGACCACCAGUGACCCAUGGACUACCACCAGUAACCCAAGGACCACCACCAGUGACCCAUGGACCUCCACCAGUCUUGAGACCAUUUCUACCACCCCUGACACCACCAUGACCAUCCCUGAGACCACCAGGGCUGAAGCCCCCAGUGACCAAUGGGUUUCCACCAGUCUUGAGACCAUUACUACCACCCUUGAGACCACCAGUGACCCAUGGACCACCAGCACUGACCCCUGGACCCCCACCAGUCAUGAGACCAUUUCCACCACCCCUGAGACCACCAAAACCAGCCCUGAGACCACCAGUCUGGAGGCCACCAGUGACCCAUGGACCACCACGGGUGAAUCAUGGACCACCACCACCAGUGACCCAUGGACCGCUACCAGUCUUGAGACCAUUUUCACCACCCUUGAGACCACCACAACCUUCCUUGAGACCACCAGUCCUGAGAGCAUCAGUGACCCAUGGACCACCACCAGUAACCCAUGGACCACCAGCACUGAGCCAUGGACCACCACCAGUCUUGAGACCAUUUCCAACAGCCCUGAGACCGCCAUGACCAUCCCUAAGACCACCAGUACAGAGGCCACCAGUGACCCAUUGACCACCACCAAUCUUGAGACUGCUUCUACUAUCUUUGAGACCACCACCACUAACCCUGAGAGCAUCAGUGACCCAUGGACCACCACCAGUAACCCAUGGACCACCAGCACUGAGCCAUGGACCUCCACCAGUCUUGAGACCAUUUCCACCACCCCUGACACCACCAUGACCUUCCCUGAGACCACCAGUCCUGAGACCACCAGUGACCAAACGACUUCCACCAGUCUUGAAAAUACUUCUACUGUCCCUGAGACCACCACCGCUAUUCCUGAGACCACCAGUGAACCACGGGCCACCACCAGUCUUGAGACCAUUUCCACCACCCCAGGCACCACCACAACCAUCCCUGAUACCAUCAGUGACCCAUGGACCACCAGUGACCCAUGGACUGUCACCAGUCUUGAGACCAUUUUCACCACCCCAGAGACCACCACAACCAUCCCUGAGACCACCAGUCCUGAGAGCACCACUGAUCCAUGGACCACCUACAGUGUGGAGACCAUUUCUACCAUCCUUGAGACCACCUCGACCAUCCCUGAGACCACCAGUGACCCACUGACCACCACCAGUGACCCAUGGGCCACCACCAGUCUUGAGACCAAUUCCAUCACCCCUGACACCACCUCGACCUUCCCUGAGACCACCAGUCCUGAGGCCACCAGUGACCAAUGGACUUCCACUAGUUUCCAGACUGUUUCUACCAUCCCUGAGACCACCACCACUAACCCUGAGGCCACCAGUGACCCAUGGACCACCAACACUGACCCAUGGACCUCCACCAGUCUUGAGACCAUUUCUACCACCCCUGACACCACCAUGACCUUCCCUGAGACCACCAGUCCUGAGACCAACAGUGACCAAUGGCCUUCCACCAGUCUUGAAAAUACUUCUACUGUCCCUGAGACCACCACAACCAUCCCUGAGACCACCAGUCCUGAGAGCACCACUGAUCCAUGGACCACCAACAGUGUGGAGACCAUUUCUACCAUCUUUGAGACAACCUCGACCAUCCCUGAGACCACCAGUGACCCACUGACCACCACCAGUGACCCAUGGGCCACCACCAGUCUUGAGACCAUUUCCACCAGCCCUGACACCACCAUGACCUUCCCUGAGACCACCAGUGAGCUAUGGACCACCACCAGUGACCCAAGGACCACCAGCACUGACCCAUGGACCUCCACCAGUCUUGAGACCAUUUCUACCACCCCUGACACCACCAUGACCUUCCCUGAGACCACCAGUCCUGAGACCACCAGUGACCAAACGACUUCCACCAGUCUUGAAAAUACUUCUACUGUCCCUGAGACCAGCACUGCUAUUCCUGAGACCACCAGUGGCCCAUGGACCACCAGCACUGACCCAUGGACUACCACCAGCCUUGAGACCAUUUCUACCACCCCUGAAACCACCAGUGAACCAUGGACCACCACCAGUCUUGAGACUUUUUCCACCACCCCAGGCACCACCACAACCAUCCCUGAUACCAUCAGUGACCCAUGGACCACCAGAGACCCAUGGACUGUCACCAGUCUUGAGACCAUUUUCACCACCCCUGAGACCACCACAACCAUCCUUGAGACCACCAGUCCUGAGAACACCACUGAUCCAUGGACCACCUACAGUGUGGAGACCAUUUCUACCAUCCUUGAGACCACCUCCACCAUCCCUGAGAUCACCAGUCCUGAAACCACCAGUCACUCAUGGACUUCCCACAGUCCUCAGACCAUUUCCACCACCCCUGACACCACCUCGACCAUCCCUGAGACCACCAGUGAGCUAUGGACCACCACCAGUGACCCAAGGACCACCAGCACUGACCCAUGGACCUCCACCAGCCUUGAGACCAUUUCUACCACCCCUGACACCACCAUGACCUUCCCUGAGACCACCAGUCCUGAGAGCACCAGUCACCAAAUGACUUCCACCAGUCUUGAAAAUACUUCUACUGUCCCUGAGACCACCACCGCUAUUCCUGAGACCACCAGUGGCCCAUGGACCACCACCAGAGACCCAUGGACUACCACCAGCCUUGAGACCAUUUCUACCACCCCUGAGACCACCAGUGAACCACGGGCCACCACCAGUCUUGAGACCUUUUCCAUCACCCCAGGCACCACCACAACCAUCCCUGAGGCCACCAGUGACCCAUGGACCACCAGUGACCCAUGGACCACCAGUGACCCAUGGACUGUCACCAGUCUUGAGACCAUUUUCACCACCCCUGAGACCGCCACAACCAUCCCUGAGACCACCAGUCCUGAGAGCACCACUGAUCCAUGGACCACUAACAGUGUGGAGACCAUUUCUACCAUCCCUGAGACCACCUCGACCAUCCCUGAGACCACCAGUGACCCACUGACCACCACCAGUGACCCAUGGGCCACCACCAGUCUUGAGACCAUUUCCAUCACCCCUGACACCACCAUGACCUUCCCUGAGACCACCAGUCCUGAGACCACCAGUGACCAAUGGACUUCCACCAGUCUUGAAAAUACUUCUACUGUCCCUGAGACCACCACUGCUAUUCCUGAGACCACCAGUGGCCUGUGGACCACCACCACUGACCCAUGGACCACCACCAGAGACCCAUGGACCACCACCAGCCUUGAGACCAUUUCUACCACCACAAUCAUCCCUGAAACCACCAGUCACUCAUGGACUUCUCACAGUCCUCAGACCAUUUCCACCACCCCUGACACCACCUCGACCAUCCCUGAGACCACCAGUGAGCUAUGGACCACCACCAGUGGCCCAAGGACCACCAGCACUGACCCAUGGACCUCCACCAGACUUGAGACCAUUUCUACCACCCCUGACACCACCAUGACCUUCCCUGAGACCACCAGUCCUGAAACCACCAGUGACCAAACGACUUCCACCAGUCUUGAGACUGCUUCUACUGUCCCUGAGACCACCACCACUAUUCCUGAGACCACCAGUGGCCCAUGGACCACCACCAGAGACCCAUGGACUACCACCAACCUUGAGACCAUUUCUACCACCCCUGAGACCACCAGUGAACCACGGGCCACCACCAGUCUUGAGACCAUUUUCACCACCCCUGAGACCACCACAACCAUCCCUGAGACCACCAGUCCUGAGAGCACCACUGAUCCAUGGACCACCUACAGUGUGGAGACCAUUUCUACCAUCCCUGAGACCACCUCGACCAUCCCUGAGACCACCAGUGACCCACUGACCACCACCAGUGACCCAUGGGCCACCACCAGUCUUGAGACCAUUUCCAUCACCCCUGACACCACCAUGACCUUCCCUGAGACCACCAGUCCUGAGACCACCAGUGACCAAUGGACUUCCACCAGUCUUGAAAAUACUUCUACUCUCCCUGAGACCACCACCACUAACCCUGAGGCCACCAGUGACCCAUGGACCACCACCAGUGGCCCAUGGACCACCACCAGUGACCCAUGGACUACCACCAGCCUUGAGACCAUUUCUACCACCCCUGAGACCACCAGUGAACCACGGGCCACCACCAGUCUUGAGACCUUUUCCACCACCCCAGGCACCACCACAACCAUCCCUGAGGCCACCAGUGACCCAUGGACUGUCACCAGUCUUGAGACCAUUUUCACCACCCCUGAGACCACCACAACCAUCCUUGAGACCACCAGUCCUGAGAACACCACUGAUCCAUGGACCACCUACAGUGUGGAGACCAUUUCUACCAUCCUUGAGACCACCUCGACCAUCCCUGAGACCACCAGUGACCCACUGACCACCACCAGUGACCCAUGGACCGUCACCAGUCUUGAGACCAUUUCCAUCACCCCUGACACCACCUCGACCAUCCCUGAGACCACCAGUGACCUAUGGACCACCACCAGUGACCCAAGGACCACCAGCACUGACCCAUGGACCUCCACCAGACUUGAGACCAUUUCUACCACCCUUGACACCACCAUGACCUUCCCUGAGACGACCAGUCCAGAGACCACCAGUGACCAAAAGACUUCCACCACUCUCGAGACUGCUUCUACUGUCCCUGAGACCAGCACUGCUAUUCCUGAGACCACCAGCGGCCCGUGGACCACCACCAGUGACCCAUGGACCACCAGCACUGACCCAUGGACUGUCACCAGUCUUGAAACAAUUUUCACCACCUCUGAGACCACCACAACCAUCCCUGAGACCACCAGUCCUGAGAUCACCACCCUCUAUGGAACCCCCAACACAACACCUGGGACAAACACCACCCCUGAGACAACAACGUUCCCUGAGGCCACCACCAUCCCCGACAUCACCAACACCUUCCCUGAGACCACCAAUCCUGAGACCAACAACCCCUCUGGGACCACCGCUACCCUCCCUGAGACCACCAUGACCCCUGGCACCACCACGACAUUCCCUGCGACCACCAGUCCUGAGACCACCACCAGUCCUGAGAUCACCACCGUCACUGAGAGCACCACUACCAACAUCUCAGAGACCGCCACGAUCCCUGGCACCGCCACCACCUUCUCUGAGAUCACCACCACCUUCCCUGGAACCACGGCCAGAACACCUGGGGCAAACACCACCCCUGGGACAUCAACGUUCCCUGAGGCCACCACGACCCGUGACUCCACCGCGACAUCUCCUGGGGCCACCAUCCCUGAGACCACCAGCACACAUGAGGUCACCACCAGUCCUGAGGUCAUGACCACUAUCCUAGAGACCACCACCAUCCCAGAGACAGCCACAACCCCUGGCCCCACCAAAACAUUCCCUGAAACCACCAAUCCUGAGACCAUCACCCCCUCUGGGACCACCACCACCUUCCCUGGGACCCCCAGCACCAUCCCUGGCACCACCACCACCACGCCUGAGACAACAACGUUCCCUGAGACAAUCACAACCCCUGGCACCACCACGACCAUCCCUGAUACCACGAGUCCUGAGACCACCACCCCCUCUGGGACCACUACCACCUUCCCUGGGACCACCAGUCCUGAGAUGCCAACCACCAUUCCUGGGACCCCUGGCACCACCACGCCUGAGAAAACAACAAUCCCUGGCACCACCACGACCAUCCCUGACACCACCAGUCCUGAGACCACCAGUGACCCAUGGACCACCAUCAGUGACCCAUGGACCCCCACCAGUCUUGAGACCAUUUCUACCACCCCUGACACCAACACAACCAUCCCUGAGACCACCACAACCAUCCCUGAGACCACCAGUGACCCAUGGACCUCCACCAGUCUCAAGACCGUUUCUACGACCGCUGGCACCACCACAGUCCCUGGCACCGCCACCACCUUCUCUGAGAUCACCACCACCUUCCCUGGAACCACAGCCAGAACACCUGGGGCAAACACCACCCCUGGGACAUCAACGUUCCCUGAGGCCACCACGAUUCCUGAUAUCAUCACCACCUUCCCUGAGGUCACCACCAGUCCUGAGAUCACCACCACCAUCCCUGAGACCACCACCACCACACCUGGAGCCAACUCCACCAUGCCUGGGACCAACACCACCACACCUGGGAUCACCACCAUCUCUGAGACCAACACCACCACCCCUGUGACCAACUCCACCACGCCUGGGACCAACUCCACCACACCUGUGAACACCACCAUGCCUGAGACCAACGACACCAUGCCUGGGACCGCCACCACCCCUGGGACCGAUGCCACCACACCUGAGACCAACUCCACCACACCUGGGACCACCACCACCACCCCUGGGACCAAUUCCACCACCCCUGAGACCAACUCCACCACGCCUGGGACCAACUCCACCACACCUGUGAACACCACCAUGCCUGAGACCAACGACACCAUGCCUGGGACCGCCACCACCCCUGGGACCGAUGCCACCACACCUGAGACCAACUCCACCACGCCUGGGACCACCACCACCACCCCUUGGACCAAUUCCACCACCCCUGAGACCAACUUCACCACCCCUUGGACCAACUCCACCACCCCUGGGACCAAGCCCACCAUCUCUGAGACCAAUUCCACCACCCCUGGGACCGUCACCACCACACCUGGGACCAACUCCACCAUCCCUGGGACCAAUUCCACCACCCCUGGGACCGCCACCACCACAGCUGUGACCAACACCACCACCCCUGGGACCAACACCACCACCCCGGUGACCACCACCACCACACCUGGGAUCACCACCAUCUCUGAGACCAACACCACCACGCCUGUGGCCACCACCACCCCUGUGACCAAUUCCACCACCCCUGGGACCGCCACCACCACAGCUGUGACCAACUCCUCCACACCUGUGACCAACACCACCACCUCUGUGACCAACACCACCACCCCUGGGACCAACCCCACCACAGCUGUGACCAACUCCACCACACCUGUGGCCACCACCACACCUGGGACCAACUCCACCAUGCCUGUGACUAACACCACCACCCCUGUGACUAACAGCACCACAUCUAUGACUGCCACCACACCUGGGACCAACACCACACCUGUGACCAACCCCACCACACCUGAGACCACCACCACACCUGUGACCAACACCACCACACCUGUGACCAACACCACCACACCUGUGACCAACCCCACCACCCCUGUGACUAACACCACCACACCUGAGACCACCACCACACCUGUGACCAAUACCACCACCCCUGGGACCACCACCACUACCCGUAUGACCACCACCUCCACCAGUACAACCACCGCAGGGACCUGCAGCAACGGUGGCACCUGGGUCAACGGCCACUGCUGGUGUCCCCUCGGCUUCACCGGGGACAGGUGUGAUGACAUCAGCAACACCAUUGAAACCAAGGCCGAGACCAACGGGACGGUGCAGGUGCUGCUGCGCGUCACCAACCGGAACUUCACCGAUGACCUCAAGAACACCAGCUCACCCACCUACAUCAAGUUCGUCCAGGACUUCACCAAGCAGAUGGACGUGGUCUACGCCGGCAUCGAGGGGUACAAGGGCAUCAAGGUGAACCGUCUCAGUUCUGGCAGCGUGGUGGUGGAUCACAGCAUCAUCGUGUCCCUGAUGGUGACCUCCCAGAGCCAGGAGAAACUCCAGAACAUCACGGCCAAAGUGCAGGAGAAGAUCGAGGUGGCGGCAGUGCAAUUCAACUGCACCAACGGUGACCUGUGCUUCAACUCUGAGGUGAACAUCACCAGCACCGCGCUGGAAUUCGAUGGAGACGCCUACUGCUGGAGCCAAGCGCCCGAGGGCUACCAGGAAUUCUUCUUCCCCAACCUGACGAGCUCCGGGUUGUCCUGCAUGUCCAACUGCACGCCGGGCACCGCCAGCACCAUCGACUGCAACCGUGGGACGUGCCACAUCACCCGCAGAGGUCCUCAGUGCUUCUGCGACGAGACCCACCUGUACUGGUACCAAGAUGACCACUGCACAUCACGGGUCAGCAAACUGGCCGUGGGCCUGGGCUUGGCCGUGGCCAUCCUGGUCACCGUGGUCGUCAUCCUCUCCAUCUUCCUCUUCCGAGCUCGGAGAUCUGGAUCCCUUAACAUGGCUGAGCAGAAGACGAUGGAGAAUUGGUACCAGAACAUCAGCGAGGAGUGGAGCCCCCCAGGAAGCUUCACCUUCCGGAACCGAGGUGCCCAGCGCGAGGAUGACCAUCCAGUCCACCUUGAGGCCGUGGACACGUCGGUGUCGAACCUCACCAUGAUCAUCAUCAUCGUCAUCAUCAUCACCGUCAUCAAUGUCAUCAAAGUCGACAUCAUCAUCAUCAACAUGAUCAACAUCAAAAUCUUCAUCAACAUCAUCACCAUCAUUAUCAUCACCAUCAUUAUUAUCAACACCAACAUGAUCAUCAUCGCCAUCAUCGCCAUCAUCACCAUCAUCAUCAUCAUCAACAUGAUCACCACCUACAUUAUCAUCACCAUCAUCACCGUCAUCCCCAUCAUCAACCCCAUGGAACGAUGA